GAACCACAUUACCACUUUACUACAUUCUCACGGUCCCGUCUCUCUGAAACUCAAAUCCUCUUACCACGUUACUAGGUGUAAUGCGUUCAUCGAUACCGGAAACUUGCAUUUGCUUUGGUGAUACAGGAGCUUACCUUUAACCUACAUAGCCUCCUACUUCCAAGCUCACCAAUUACACAACACGUCGUGUUUUUGUCACCUCGAAACCCUCGUAGAAGUAGCGCGUCGCCAUAAUAUCUCCGUAGUGCCUACGGGCUAAGAGACAAAAUGGGGGUAUCCGUGAUUGAAGAACAACGCGACGUUAUCAUAAAUACAGUUAAGAACAUUACUGCUGGCGAUUGGAAAGUUCUGGUUAUCGACACCGAAUCUAAGAAGAUAAUUGACAAUGCCGUCAAGGAAGAUGAUAUUCUUAAUCAUAACAUUGCGAACAUCGAACUUAUCGAAGAUCGGAGAGAUAUGAACCCGAGUAUGGACGCUAUAUAUAUACUGUCGCCGCAACCUCACAUUGUAGAUUGUCUAAUGGCCGAUAUUGAACGACGGAGAUAUAAAAAAUGCUAUUUAGUAUGGACCACGGUACUCGAUCCUCAGCUUAGGAGGCGGAUAGACGGUUCAGCCCUAGCAAAGCAGCAGAUUGCGGGCUUUGAAACUCUCUCGAUCGACUAUUACCCUCGCGAGUCCCACGUCGUUACGUUUAGAGACCCUUGGAGCUUUCCAAUCCUAUUCCAUCCCGCUUGCAAUGGACUUAUAAGGAAGCACAUGCAAGAUUUGGCUCAGAAGAUCACUGGUUUAUGUGUGACCCUUGGCGAGUACCCCAAGGUCCGCUACUACCGGCCCCAGAAUCCAAUACAUGAGGCGAGCGUAUUAUCGUCGCAUCUUGCCCGUUUUGUAUCUGAGGAGCUCGACGAAUAUGCACAAUGGAAUCCUAACUUUCCACCGCCGAGUUCCCGGCCGCAGGGAGUUCUCAUAGUGACCGACAGGUCGAUGGAUCUGAUGGCUCCCUUGAUACAUGAAUUUACAUAUCAAGCAAUGGCACACGAUCUACUACCGAUCAAGGACGGGGAUAAGACGACGUUCCAUAUGACCGUUAACGAGGGAUCCCCAGAUGCAGAAGAGAAGGACAUGGAGCUCACCGAAAAAGACAAAGUGUGGGUUGAAAACCGGCACAGACAUAUGAAGGACACCAUCGAUAAGUUGAUGAGCGAUUUCCAUAAGUUCCUCGAUCAAAACCCCCAUUUCACAAAUUCGAACAGCGACACUACCAGUCUAAAUGCAAUUAAAGAUAUGAUGGCGGGGUUGCCGCAAUUCCAAGAGAUGAAAGAAGCAUAUUCUCUCCAUCUUACCAUGGCGCAAGAGUGCAUGAACAUCUUCCAACACCAUAAACUAUCCGAAAUGUCUCCUACAGAACAGGAUAUGGCUACAGGCCUUGACGAGGAUAAUCGGAAACCGAAAAACGUCCUCGAUGCGAUUGUUCGCCUCUUGGAUGAUGACGCUGUCACUCAGUCGGAUCGUCUGCGCCUCAUAAUGAUGUACCUCCUUUAUAGGGACGGAGUUAUCCCUGAAGAUAUUCAGAGGCUAUUAGCACAUGCGUCUUUACCACCCCAGGACGGCGAAAUUAUAGCAAAUUUGGAAUUACUUGGUGGCCGUACGACACAUGGUCUCAAGGAUAUCCGUAAGGACUUAAAACCCCUCUUCCCCAUCGACCCGAAGGUACCGGUUCCCGAGGAUAAUUAUAUGUCACGAUUCAAUCCUGCGGUGAAAACCAUGCUGGAACACCUAUGUAAAGGAGCAUUGGAUCAGACGGCAUUUCCAUAUGUCAAACCACCACUUGACCCCAACGAGGACGCGCUCAUUGGCCAUGGCUCUCUGCGAGCAGCGAAACCUAGCUGGGCUGGUGCUGGUAGACGUGUCGUAGAUAACAGACAACGCAUUAUUGUCUUUAUGGCCGGUGGGGCAACGUUUUCCGAAUCGCGCUCUUGCUAUGAGGUUAGCGCUGCUUUGAAUCGCGACGUCUUCCUAGCAACUAGCCAUAUGCUCACACCACAGCUAUUUGUUAGACAGGUGGGUGAUCUGGGCGUAGACAAGAGACGACUCGAUAUACCUAUGGAGAGGCCACCCCAAAGAGCACCGGCACACUUAUUCGAACGACCCGCUCCACCACCGAUGGCCGCUCCCCCGGUACCACCAGGUGGCCAACGCCCGCCCCCAGGACGAGCACCACCUCGUCCUGGUGGGCUACCAGGCGGGCUACCAGGUGGGCCAAGAAUAGGUGGCGAGCCUCAUGCUCCGCCCACACAUACUCCGCCUGUACAGGCAAUGAGCAAUAUGUCGCUUCACACUCCUAAACCAUCAAACGGAAGUGAUGUCAGACCUCCGUCGUCGGCGAGCGGAGGCAAACCACACAAAGUAGAAAAGGAAAAGAAGAAGCGUAACAUCUUCGGAAUAAAGAAGAGCUGAGGAAAGGAAGAGAAGGACGUAAUCCCAUAGGGUUAAAUCUCAACGUGCAGACACAAGGCAAAGCGCCUAAAGACUAAUACCGCAGGACUAAGUAGGGCUUAGUUCUUUCUUGGGUAACAUGACUGCCGAGCGUUUGGAGAUAGGAGGCCAGGUAGACCGAGAAGGAAUCGAUAACAUGCACAUACAUUUGGCAACGAAUGCAUAGCGUUGAGGAGUUGGCGUCUUGAGAGCGAGCGUUGCGUUCUGUUGCUGUAUAGAGUUCCACAUGGCAAGGCAGCCAGGGAGGGAAGAGAUUGGUUGGUUGGUUGGUUGGUUGGGUUAGUUAUACAAUACAUACAGCCUUUGUGUACAUGGCGGCGCGAAUAUAAUCCAAAUCAUAG